GUGAAUUUACAAUGAUCGUUGUGCUUAAUAGGAUCUUUUAAUAAUCUAUGUUUUUUCUCGGAAGUGUGUUAAUUGUGGAGUUGAGUAUCUUCUAUAACACUCUACAUGAUUUAAACUUGAAUUGGUUUAGUCCAGUUCCAAUUUUUGCGAAGAAUUGUGUAUAAUCUUCUUCUUCUUCUUCUAGUGCAAAAAUCCAAGAUUAGGAAUUUGAAGAUCAUGGAGGUUUAUCAUCGUCCUUAUAGGCUACUUCUUGAUCCACAUCCUGUAAUUCCACCUAGUAGUACAAUAAGCAAACCUCACCAUGGUUACUCAAACGAAGCGAAUUUCGAUACAAACAUGGUGAUCAUUUUAGCUGCUCUGCUUUGUGCAUUAAUAUGUGCUCUUGGAUUGAAUUCAAUUGUGAGAUGUGCGUUACGUUGCAGCAGGAGAUUUGCUUUCGAGUCAGAAACUGCACGAUUAGCUGCAACAGGGCUGAAAAAGAGCACACUGAGGCAACUUCCCCUCUCUGUUUAUGGAUCAGGAGUUAAUAUUCCGGCUACUGAUUGUCCCAUUUGCCUGGGAGAAUUCGUUGAUGGUGAAAAAGUGAGAGUUUUGCCGAAAUGUCACCAUGGAUUUCAUGUGAAGUGUAUAGAUAUUUGGUUGGCUUUACAUUCUUCAUGUCCAACAUGCCGACAAUCGUUGCUGGAACAGAACACAACGGCAGCAGCAGCAGGGGAUGUUGAAACUGGAUUGAGGCAAGCUCCUCCUCCUCCUCCUGCUGCUCCUGCUAUUGCUGCUGAGGAGAUGUCAAUGGUAAGAUGGAGGUCUUGUUACUAUGGCCAGCUAGUCAUGUAGAUCAAAUAUCAAACCAUGAUCUUGAACACUCAGCAACACUGCUACUACUUGAUUAAUCAGCAUCAGCACUCUGGAAACUGCAAAUUUGUUCAUAGAAAGCCAAAAGUUUGAAUAUUUGUUAUGCUUUUUUUUUUGUUCGUCUCUGUUUGAUUUGAUAAGGCACAUUUUGAUUGUUAGCCAUAAGGAACAAAAGGAAUCAUUAGCAUGUGCUAAAAGAACAGAAUCUGUCUGCACAACUUUUCAUCAUAUAGCUCUUUUCUCCCCUUUCAUAGGUCAAUUUGGUCCACUGCAUU